AUGAGGUGGUGUCUUGCGUUGUUAAUUUGCUGCUUCUUGGCUGCGGUAAAUGCGCUGAGCAGCUCUGGCAGUCGCCUACUGGCCAUUCUGGAAGACACAGAACAGAAGGACCUCUACUCCACGUUGUGGGCUGAUUUGGAGGCACGAGGAUAUGAUGUCUCCAUUGAGUCCUCCAAAAGUGAACAGCUUGCGCUAUUCAAGCACGGCGAAAGAGCUUACGACCACCUCCUGAUCCUCCCUCCCAAGUCCAAAGGCCUGGGCCCCUCCUUGACCCCCAAGCACAUCCUCGACUUCAUGAACAAGGAUGGCAACAUCCUCCUCGCUCUCUCUGGCAAGUCUGCCACUUCCAGCGCCAUCAGCUCCCUUCUCAUCGAACUCGACAUCCACCUCUCCACCGACCGCUCACAAGUUGUUGUCGACCACUUCAACUACGAUACCAUCUCGGCCACUGAUAAGCACGAUGUCCUCGUCAUUCAACGCCCUGGCCCUCUCCGUCCCGACCUCAAGGCCUUCUUCGAUGGUGAAGGUGUUCUAGCCCUUCCCCGGGUUGCUCCUCAGACCCUUGGUGGGGAGAGCGCACUCCUCUCUCCGAUUCUUAAGGCCCCCGCUACUGCGUACAGCUACAACCCCAAGGAGGGCAUCCCCUCACCAGAGGACAUUCAGGCCACCGGCUCGCAGCUGAACAUCGUUUCCGCUAUGCAGGCACGCAACUCUGCCCGCUUCACCGUUCUGGGAUCUGUGGAGUCGUUGGAGGACAAGUGGUUCUCCGCCGAGGUCCAGACACCCAGCGGAAAGAAGACCUCCACUGUGAACCGCGAGUUCGCCAAGCAGUUGACCGCUUGGGCUUUCAAGGAGACCGGUGUAUUGAAGGUUGACAAGGUCGAGCAUCGCCUUGCCACCGAGGGCGCAGAGCUGAACCCCACGAUCUAUCGGAUCAACAACGAAACUGUCUACAGCAUUGAAGUUUCCGAAUAUGUCUACGACAAGUGGGUUCCUUUCGAGGUUCCCAGCGGCGACGAGCUCCAGCUCGAGUUCACCAUGCUCUCGCCCUUCCACCGCCUGACCCUCCAACCCACCGGCCGUACCGAUACCAGCACUGUUUUCAGCGCUCAGUUCGUGACUCCCGAUCAACACGGCAUCUUCUCCUUCCGUGUCAACUACAAGCGGCCCUUCCUUACCGCUAUCGAGGAGAAGCACGAGGUCACCGUCCGCCACUUCGCGCACGAUGAGUACCCGCGCAGUUGGGCCAUCACUGCCGCUUGGGUGUGGAUUGCCGGUCUUUGGUCGGUUAUUGGAGGAUUUUUGGCCUUUGUCAUUGUGUGGCUUUACUCUGCCCCUGUGACUGAUAGGCUUAAGAAGACUCAGUAG